AUGCUUUGCAUAAUAUUGUUGUCAUCGUGUUUAAUGAUUAAAAAAUGCUGGAAAGUUAUAAUUGUGCCGAGACAAAUAGUCAAUAGUGAUGUUACUUAAUAUUCGUUUUGUAAUCAUCCGUGCUGUACGAUACAAAUGCUUGUAUGAGUGAUAAAAUAUCUGAAAGAUCUUUUCGUCUUUUUCUCCGUGGGUGUUGCCCAUAGUGCGCAGACAGGAGAGAGGUGCAUGAGAUUGAAAAACCAAAGAAAUGGAGAUAGAUGAAUGUUCAGCCGGUGGAGAUAGCGGAGCAGAGGAAGAUGAAGAAGAAGCCUCAACGCAUGAUUCUAGAACUGAUAGUAGCAGUAGUAGUAUGAGUGGUAGUAGUACAACAACGGACAGCGAGCAAGAUAGCGCAGAGGAUCAUGCCACAAGCAGUAGUGAAAGCCAUAGUUCGGCAGAGGAAGAUGAAGAUGAAAAUGAAAAUGCAGAAUUUAUGGUAAACGUCGAGAACCCUGAUGCUUUGAGAUGGGAAACUUGCGUUGCUGCUAAUAUUAAAGUAAAACUACCACAGGAUCUUUGUGAACACUUCAGUAUUUUUAAGGAGAUGCUGGAUUAUCCACGUUUCUGGAAUGAAUGGCUUACUGAAAGUCAACGAGAAACAUUAUAUAAUCUUUUACCUACUUUUCCAAAAGACUCCAAUAUAGAAGCACAAAUGGAGAAAUCGCUACAAAUGUUGUUCAAUAGAGAAAACGAUAGAUUUGGUGUAACGGCAUUGGACACGUUUCACAAUCAUCUUUCCUCUGGUCACUAUCGUCCGGACAUUAAAAGAAUACGCGGUUUAGUUCGUAAAGCGCAAAAAAGAAGAUCGUUGUUCGAAGAACGGAAACGGUCAUACGAAUUAGCAAAUCAGUUGCUAAAAUCGCGGGAAAGUUUAUUAUCAAACGCAUACAGACAAGGUUUCAAUCAACCGGUAAACCGUACAAUGUCUAAACUUCAUUGGCGAAAGUCGAAACCAAUAAUGGUUGAAGAAAAGACUCAGUUGCGCUAUUUGGAGGAGCUAAACGCAGUCCGGGCAGAACUUAGAACCAGCACGAGACUGUCCGCUGAUACAACAUCUGAAAAUGAGGAGAAUUAUCCUCAUUAUCAAAUGACUGGUGCUAAACAAAAGAGAAAACGGCGUUUUACUAUGAAUCUCCAAGGAUUGUCAGUUAAAGGCCUACAGCUCAGCCAUGAGGACGAUACAAUUCGACCUGUAUUUUCUACCUUGCAGCGAAUGGAGUAUGCUUCUAAUAGAUCAUUGUUUGUACGUGAACAAACGGAAGAAACAUACCGUGCUAUGUUAAUCGCACAUAAAAAACGUCGUGCCCGUCGUGAUCUUCAUCCGGAACUGAACACACAAGGAAUUGCGCUUGCAGACCUCACACAAAGAUCACAAAUUGGUCAGAAGCAGAAACUCACAAUUGGCAAUUCUACGAAGGUUACAUCUGCUAAGAAGAAAAUCAAAUUGGAACAAAAUUCGUUAUGUCCACCCGCACCAAAACUGCCAAAUUCCAAUUCUAUAAAGCACGAAAGCGAUAACAGCGAUUACUCCCAUACAACGGACGACAAUAAACAACCUAACAUCGCGGACGUAGAUUAUAAUAGAAUGACAACACCUAUUAAAUCAGAACCUAUUGAGGCGUAUGAAGUACAUCCAGUAGCCAAAAAGAAAAUCAGUCCAGUAACUCAGAAGAGUAGCAAACCAGCAAUAACCAAUAUACCAGAGAUAAAAAAAGAAAUUGAAGAUACAGAGUUUGACAAAGUUAAAACCGAAUUAAGUUUGGGUGUGAGCGAGGAUGUGCUGGCUGAAACUGAAGAAGAAGAGGAAAAUGAAUCGAAGAAAGAACUUGAUUUAGACAGUAUUGAUAUGAUGCAGUUACCAAUUCAACUGGAUGAUGGAAUUGAUAUACUUGACGAUGUUAAAUGCGAAGAUGAGGGAAUUAUAUCAAUACCAGAGACAAAAAUGACUGUACCGUCCAAUGAAUGUAUAGAUGUUAACAACGGGGCGGAAUUGAUGCAAGAGACGCAUACAUGUUUUUUCUCUCUGUUACGAGACGCUUUCACUUCUAAGGGAGAGUACCGAAUGAGUGCGGCAGAAAUGAAAGAAGCAAUAACGCAAUGGCAAAGCAAUCCUAUUUCACCUUUGAAUGAUUGGUAUUCUUUGGUACCUUCAUGGUCUACUUUAGUACCAUUAGCACUAGGGUUUCUUGCGGGCGAAUUGAUGUAUUCUCAAGAUUUGGAUCAACGGCAAGAACGAGAUCAGGAACUCGUACCCUAUCUGGAAAAUAAGGGUCGAGGCGUAUACGCAUGGAUCGGUGCUGGGAGAGAUUCUGAUACCCGAUUACAAGACUUGUGUACAAAAUUCCUUAUGUACAAAGACGUGUUGACACCACCAUACACUCCAACUACUAGUACUGUAACAGCUACAAAAUCGCAGCAGUCUCAAUUCUCUUCGAAUAAUAACAGCAUGAGCAAUAAUGCGAUUGUUACAAGCGGAAUCUUGCAAAGUGGUAGAAGCGGAAGUCCCACACUGGAAACUACUAACAUGGAUGCUAGUGCCAGUGGAACAGACUGGGAACCACCUCGACCACUAUUUCCUACAGAGUGGAAAGUUCGACCGUCCACAAUAGAGGAACGCGAAGAAUUUCGAAGACAGGAGCGUAUGCGUUAUGCUGCACCUCAUAAAGCAUUUACUUAUCGCAUGCACGGUUAUGCCUCCGUAGUCGGCCCUGUCAAAGGAAUUUAUCAGCAUAACGUUGCUUCAGGACAAGCUAAAGCACGAGGACAUUCGUUGCUGGUACCGGAUCGUCCAAAUUUUGUAACAAUUUUAGCGUUAGUUAGGGAUGCUACCGCUCGACUUCCGAAUGGUGAAGGAACUCGAGCUGAUAUUUGUCAAUUACUGAAGGAUUCGCAGUAUAUUAUAGAACAAGAUAAUGAUGAAAAGGAAGGAUAUCUCCAUUCUGUGGUAUCAGGAGCGCUUGAUAGAUUACAUUACGAGACAGAUCCUUGUGUUAGAUAUUAUCCUCGUCGAAAGGAAUGGCUUUAUCUUCACCGAGGACGAUCUGAAUCUGAAUUUGAAAUGGUUCAUCAACAAUUACAAGGCAUUGCGAAAAAUAAGAAAAGUGUUGGUAAUACUUCACGAAACAAAGUAGUGCAGCCAAUCCUCAAAUCUGCCAAUAUAAAUAAGGAACAAUCAUCGAAUACUAAGGAAGUUGUUCUCAAAAAAGAAAGACGAAUUACAGCUGUAACUACGCAACCUGUUAUUCCCAAGAAAGAACAACGUAAAACCGAAGAUAAAAUUGUCCCUGACCAUCCUAUACCUACUGAACAUUCCGUUAAUGCUAAUGUAGAGAUGGCAGUUAGUACAAUAACAUCAGCGAUUUCUACCGUUGAAACUCCUGUUUCUGUUGCAUCCAUUGUAACUUCUUCGGCUACAGCCACAAAUGUAGUAAGUACAGAACGAGAUAACAUUGCGAUGGACACAAAAUCGCAACUCGCUCCAAUCACGAUGGUAAAAAAGGCAUCUACUGUUGGAGGAAAACCAAUCGCUGUACUCAAAACAAAUGCCGCUCAAAGUCUAUUGCAGUCGAAUCAACAUAAUUUUCCGCAUCACCAAAUUCAAGUAUCAACAUCUGCUGGCCUGCAAACCAUUCGUCUGUCUGGACAUUCCGUGUUGCAAUCUGCACAACAAUCUGCUUCAACUAGUAAUAGUUCUAACGUAGUCAAUGGAACUACAAAUUUAACGACGAUACUGCCAUCUGCAAAAACGCAAAAUCAGCAACAACAGCAAUCAGCUAUAAUGACAAAUCAAACGGGGAAAAGUAUUUUACAAACCACUAAUAUAAAGCAACAAUCGCAACAGCAACAACAACAGCAACAUGUAUUACCGGGAAAAACUCUCUUGGCAUCACAGAUUAAAUUAGUCAGUUCGAGUCAAAUUAAAUCGUUACUCACGAGCCACGGUCUUCAGGGUCAAACUAUAUUUAUCAAACAAUCCUCACCAUCGAAUAAUCAGUCGCAACAGCAACAAUUACAGCAACAACAACAGCAACAACAACAGCAACUAAAGCAACAACAGCUCCAACAACGAGUUACAACUAACCAACAGCAACCUGUACAGCAAACUCCGGGAAUGCAACGGAUAAUUGCACAAAUCGGAGGGAAACCAAUUGCUGUGCAAAUACAACAAUCGCCUCACCAUCACCAACAGCAGCAACAACAAAAGAUACUUGCGAAAGUUUUAACAAAUAGUAGCGGGGGACAGAUUAUCUCUGUUGAAAGUUUGCUAGCACAGAAAGGAUUGAAAUUGGCUACUACUGGUGGUCACACUAAUCAGCUUAACAGACAAGGCAAGCAGGUCAUACAGGCUCAAUACCAAGUAGUGCCGCAAGCACAAGCGUCUUCUAGUCAGUCAAAGAUAAUAGCAGUCAGCACACAACACCAACAAUCUCAGCCGCAACAGGCUCAGACUGUCCGAAUGGUUACCGCUCAACUUGCGGGAAAACCUAUCGUAUUAGCAAGCAGUAACAAAAAUGUUGGGGUUGCAGUGAGCACCAGUGGCGGAAAUGUAGUAUUAGGCAAACAGCCAACCUCUCAGCAACAACAGCAACAACAAACACAGCAACCGAUUAUCUUGCCGAGUCAGCUGCUUAAUAUCAAAACAUUGCACGGGCUCAAAGUGAUUCCCACACCGACUGGAUUAAAAACUGCAGGUGGUGCCGUGUAUGCUCGAGUUAUUGCCCCUACAACAAUCGCGUCCACGCAGGCUACGUCGAAUCAACAGCAGACUCUUCAAACACAAUCACCAAGAAAUCCUUCAUACGGCACACCUUGACAAAAUUGAUAUUGUUUACAUAUAUUUAUACUUAAUUUGCUUGGCACUAUUUCUUUGAUUGUUUAUAUGUUACACACAUUAGUGAUAAGUGAUAUCUCAUUAUGCGUACAUACGUGCGUGCAUAUGUAUAUAAAAUAACUUUCAUUUUCUUGAUCUGUAUAUAUGUGUGCCUACAUAUAUACAAUUAUGUGUGUAA